GAUAUACCCUCCUCGGAAAUUGGGCUGUUUUGAGUGACAGUGCGCGGGUAUAGAAAGAUAGAAGUAUAGAAAAAAUAGGGUUGAUUUUUUUUGUGGAGUUCACGGUCAAUUAAAUCUGGCAACCCUGACCGAACCUCAACUUUUGCAAGUCAAUUCGACCUUUAAGCGUUUACCAUAAUUUACUUCUGAGGAAUUCUGGCAAGGCGCUAGAUAGAACACACACAGGCCACGUACCCUCCCACACAGGAACCUAAUUUCCCUUUCGUUUAGGUAGUUGUAAAAGCUUGAAGUUGCUGCUCCUCUUGCUGUAAUUUUAAGCAAGGUGUAAUAGAGUGAGACGUUGAAGUCGGUGUUGGAUUAGGAACCUGUUCAAAAUGGACGGUGUUUUGCCGGAUUUGACUUGUUCCAUCUGCCUCGAAUUACUUAAUGAUCCCCAUCAGUUCCCAUGUGGACAUAGCUACUGCUUCAGCUGCAUUAACAGCAUGAGGAAUCACAACAAUUACAGCUGUCCAGAAUGUCGAAGAGAAUUCACAAACGGGGGCGACAUCGUCAGAAACUAUAGGCUGGCUAGCAUUGCCAAUACUUUCAGGGAACACAAACCGAAGGCUGGUGAUUCUGUCGUAAAGGGCUCUGAGAGGUCCAGUACCGGUGUGAGCUGGCCACAGUUGUUGUUCAUACUUACAACAGUAACUGUCCUGUUGAAAGUGUAUACCCUUUGGGGGACCGCCGAAGAAGAGGACGGCACAACGAUCAAAAUCCACCCCGAUAAACAACCAAACCAGCAGGGUGGCUUCUCUCUAGUAGCGGUGGCCUGGUCAUUGGUGUAUCUCCUCUCCCUGCUCCUUCAGGUCCUUUGGCUCCCCCUAUGGGGGAUUUGGCUGAGUGUCUCCCUGCUAUUGUCCUUGGUGGUGUGGUGUGUGGAGUUCAUUAUGUCCUGUAUCUUACUGGUUAUAGAUGUGUUCUUCAAAGCCAUAUACGCUACAGUCAACAUUGUGUUGUACGCUUGUGGGACGUUUUAUAUUCUGAACUUGGUUGCUAACAUCCGAUAGGGUGCUGAGGCUGCACCGCUGCUCAGAGCGUUUUAACCAAAAGGCCCGGAUGUUUCUGAACCUUUGGGACACAGUCAUGUCGUUCUAGAUCUGUUUUGUGCAUUUUAUGGUUAUGGUGUGUGUUCGUACUCCAGUCGAAGUGAGGAUCUUCCACACGUGACUGCGAAAGGAAUCCACCUGAAGGGUCAUCCGCUGGUGGGAAAUGUUCAUCUCUGAGCUCCAAUUUUCCCUGGGGGUGACAUCAAUAACAGUAUUUACAGCAAGAAAAAAAAAAGCACCUGUAGCCAAUUUGUUUUUUUGAACUGCUUAUACACUACAUCCUAUUUGGUUAAGAUAAAACAGAACCUUUAACCAGGGUUAACCAGGGUCUUGGUCAGUGGAUCGGUUCAAGGAGCAAGGCACUCGCAGAAGUGGGUUCAAGUCGCGUUGAAGGGGCCAGUGCUGGAAAAUGUGAAGAUUAAUUCAGUCACUAUUGUGAAGUUGCUCUGGAUACGAGUGCCUGCUAAAUUGCUUAAGUGUAAAAUCUUACUAGUAUGUUACAUGUUAUAUUAAGAUGAAGGAAUCUUACGUUGAAAUAUAUUAUUUCAAAAUCA